AUGAGCGCGGCUCAGACCGGGCCGCCUCACCCUCCGGGCAUCCCCGGGGCUCCGGGGCCGCACGAGCCUGAGCGCGACUGGCCGCGACGAGGACCAUGGGCCGGGGAAGGCCGGGAGCUGUUCCUUCAGCACCGCCACGCGGGCUCCACGCGCCAGGCUGCCGCGACCCGACCUUCUUCUCCAGAGCGCAGAAACCUCCCGGGGCUGCGGGCACAGGGCACCGCCCGCGUAGUCAGCAGGGCCCGCCCCCCAGGAGCUUCCUGGGCCAGGAGGCGGCGCGAGGCCUUGGCUGCUGCGUCCCUCUCCUGCGCGCCCCGCUCGCUCCUGCGCGCCCCGCUGGCUCCUGCGCGCCCAGCUCCUGCGCGCCCCGAAACCACGGCGCCGGUGCGCAGUGACGCGGCCUGCGCUCAUCAACAUGCACGCGGCGCCUGCAGCCCCGCCCGCCAUCCCAAACCGAUCCCGCGCGCCACCCCUGGCCAGGAUAGGCCCGCCAGGAGCGAGGCUCAGAGCGUCGCGCCACGCAGAACCUCGGACCUCCCUCCACACCCCGGGCGUAUCUCAGGGGAUAAAACACACACUUGA